AUGGCUUUUAAAGACACCUGCAAAAGAUUUGUGGAGCCAGAGGUGGAGAGCCAUGGAAUCAGGAUUACCUUCACCAGCCACAAUGUGAAAUCUCUGGAGAAAGCGUGUGCUGAUCUGUUCAGAGGCGCAAAGGAAAAGAAUCUGAGAGUGAAAGGACCAGUUCGCAUGCCUGCUGAGACUUUGAGAGCCACUGCAAGGAAAACUUGUGGUGAAGGUUCUAAGACUUGGGAUCACUUCCAGAUGAAAAUCCACAAGCAACUCACUGACUUGCAUAGUCCUUCCAACGUGGUUAAGCAGGUUACUUCCAUCAGUAUCGAGCCAGGAGUUGAGGUUGAAAUCACCAUUGCUGAUGCUUAAGUCAGCUAUUUUAACAAACUGAUUACCACUUGAAAAAAAUUGAAAAUAAAGAAUACUUCCCAAUUCAUUUUAUGAACCUGCAUUAUUACCCUGAUGUCACAGCCAAAGAUAAUACAAAAAAUAAA